CGCGAUUGCAGAUCGACGUGCUCAUUCACGUUUGAUCUCUGCUUCCUCUCCUCGCACAAGCGACUGCUCAGAUCAGCCUUUCCAUUGAGCUGGUCGAUCGGCAGCUCCGUCCAUACUCGACGAGAUCAAAAUGCCUUCAUCUUCCUCCGAAGCAUCCACUUCCGCUGAUCCGGACGCCGCUGGAGCAUCCGUGCCUCGAGUGGAGGGCGAGCGAGCAAACAAGAAGGUCCACCUGGUCGUAGCCAUUCAUGGACUUUGGGGAGCUCCAGCAAACUUGAAGUCUCUACUCAAAAUACUCAAAGCACGGCAUGCUGGCGAAUUCUCACCUCGAGAGGCGGACGCUGAAGCCGCCGAUGCCAAAGAGGGCAGCAAAAAGCCGACAUCCGGUCAUCCUUCUCCGGCGCUGUCCAGAUCCGCCUCUGCAACGACCACCUCCACAAAGGCAAGCGAUACGGCAUCGGUCACGAGCGGUAGAAGGUGGUUAGAAGGUGCGAUUGCCGAAUCGCAAGCUCUGGCUCAGCAAGCGGGUGGCCAGAGACCUGCGAUGGUCAUUCUGAACACGGCGACGAGCGAAGGUGCGGGGACAUAUGAUGGAAUCGAUUGGAUUGCAGAACGCGUCAUCAUCGAGAUCAAACGCGAGAUCAAGCGCCUUGAAUCGAUUGGCUCAGAGGUCAGGCUGAUCAGCAUCCUCGGCUACUCUCUCGGCGGCCUCACCGCGCGCUUCGUCGUCGGCCAAUUGGAAGCUUCCGGCUUCUUCACCGGGCCGAAAGCGGUAGAAGCCAUCAACUUUGCCACUUUUGCCACACCGCAUCUUGGCAUUCCUCCUGCUGGAUCAUCCUUUGGCAGGCUGGCCAACUACAUUGGCGGUAGAUUGUUGGGACGUACUGGUCGGCAGUUGUACAAUCUGGAUUCCGGCUGGGAAGAGGACGCAAUCGCGACUCCGCUUGUCAAGCAUUCCAGCAACGCACAAGCAAGAGGGGUGAUUGAAGCGCUCAGCGACCCCAGCAGCGCAUUCAUUCGAGGCUUGCAAAAAUUCCGCAAGAUCGACUUUUACGCAAAUGCUGUCAAUGAUAUGACUGUGCCGAGCCGGUCGGGCUUGAUCGAGCCCUGGGAUGUGCUCGAUGAGUGGAACGGCGAGUGCGAGGUCUCGCUCGAUGCGCAGUACCCGAUCCUCAUCACCGGCGUCAAGCCUCCCGCUGACGGCGAAAGGAAGAGCAGGCCUUGGUCCCUGCGGCUUUUUCCAAAGACGUUUCCAAUCUUCCUGAAUCCGAACAGGUAUCCGAUGCCUCGACCUCUCAACUACGUUAUCUUCAUCUUCCUUCCGGUUCUUUUUCCUACUUUCCUUUGCUUGGUGCUUUUCAGAUUUGCUCGAGAGAGCAGGAGGAGCUCUAAACGAGUCAAGAGGAUGCAGGAGAGGUGGAGGGAGGGCAAAGAACCGGAUGAGGAUCCGCAGAAGAGCUGGGCGGAGUUGUUGUUGAGGAGAAAAGUCAGAGAAGUCGCGGAGGAAAAUGUUGGUGAAGACUCGGCGAAUUCUUCUGCAACGACAAGCACGCAACUCCUCGCACGGGCAAACUCAAAUGGCGCAGUCGAACAACCAACGCAGUUUCGAAGCGAGGCUGCGAAGCGUUACGAGCUCGACGCUCACCCUUCAACGUUCCAGGUGGCUUUACCAGAAGGCAAGCGCAAGUCUCCUGCCCUGUCUGCUGCCCAGCUCAGGAUGUGCAAGACGCUCAACGAUCCCAAAGUGCUUCCCCAUCUGCGUAAACAUCGCAUCUACAUUGAUGGCGUGACAAACACGCAUGCCGUCAUCAUUUGCCGACUUCCUUCCAUCGCUCUGCAUAGACGCGGUCUGCCAACCUUGCAACACUUUGCCGACCACUUCGCGCUGGAGUGAAGGAUCACACAACAGAGCCCUUUUGUCUUUUUCCUGUCCACGCCGCC